AUGCCAUUUCCCUUCGUUGGAAGUAAGAGAUCGCAGAAGAGUUCCCUUGUAGUGCAAGCCAAAAAAGCCUACGACGACAGCACCUACGGUCCUUUUGAAGAAGGAGAUGUGGGGAUAUCUCGAGACAGAAUAGGGAAAGAUGGGGAUGGAAGCCAAGCCUUCUUCUCACUCUACUACAGAAUGUACAACAGCACCAGGGUGAAGGAUUGCAGUAUCCCAAAGACGACAUCGAAGCUACCUUUGGUGGUAUUGCACGGAGGACCGUCUCUGCCAUCACAAUAUCUGUAUCCUUUGGUGUCACACCUGAGUCUGGACAGACCCAUCAUCUUCUACGACCAGCUAGGAUGCGGCAAGAGCGACGAACCGAAGGAACCACAAUUCUACUCCAUAGCACAUUCCGUGGCUGAUCUUGACACUGUGCUGACAACUCUUGGGUUCAGCAAAGAUUCCAGAGUCCACCUAUUCGGGCAUUCUUACGGUGGCAAUCUCGCCUUUGAAUUUGCCAAGGCACGACCUCAACUAGUACAAUCAUUGCUAUUGAGUAACACUCCUGCCAACAUGAAACAAGCGGGAGACUCGUACGACCGACUAGCAGCGCGAAACCCAGUGGGCUUCUGGAAGGAACGUGUGUGCUCCGUCGAAAGUCCAUCUCUGGACAAUGCAAUGCAAAAUUCCGGAUCUGUCUGGGCAGGCAUGGAUGUUGUUUUGGACUAUGUAGCGUCGCCACCUCCAAUGGUUGAUGGCAAGGCUUUGUUUCCAAGUACAUUGGUGGUUACUUGCGCUCGAGACUUUGCAGUAGAGUCCUCGCAAGGUUGGAAUAGUGUUCUGCAAGGAAUAACCAAUGUCGAACUGGAGACAGUGCACCUGGAAAAGUGUGCUCAUUAUCCGCAUUUGGAAGAUGGGUAUUCGUUUGGAAGCGUACUAGAAACGUUCAUGACCAAGCACGAUGGAUGA